UCGAUCUGUGAUAGAUGCGUUAGGUCUGACUCAGAAACAGCGGGUCGAGGAAAAAAAAACACACGUUAGCAGCUCUACGCCGCAUUUCAGAGGAUCCAGCACCGUCUCCGGCUGCUGGUCAUGGGUUUGACCAAACAGUACCUGCGCUACGCCGCCAGCGCCGUGUUCGGCGUCAUCGGCAGCCAGCGGGCCAACAUCGCCUACGUCACGCUUCGUGGCGGGGAAAAGGGCCGCUACGUUGCCGUGGCCGCGUGCGAACACGUCUUCAUCUGGGACGUCCGAAAAGGAGAGAAGGUCCUGAUCCUGCAGGGCCAGAAGCACGAGGUGAGCUUCCUCUGCCCGUCUCCGGACGGCGUUCACGUCGCCGUGGGUUACGAGGACGGCAUGGUGCGGAUCUUCAACCUGCUGAGCGGGGAGAGCAACAUUUCCUUCAACGGACACAAGUCCGGUGUCACGGCGAUGAACUACGACGCUCUGGGCGCGCGACUCGUCACCGGCUCCAAGGAUACAGAUGUGAUCGUGUGGGACAUCAUCAACGAGUGUGGACUGUACCGGCUGAGGGGACAUAAGGACUUCAUCACGCAGGCCUUGUUCCUUAAAGAUAAGAACCUCCUGGUGUCAAGCUCCAAGGACAGCUUUGUGAAGUGGUGGGAUCUGGACACGCAGCACUGCUUUAAGACCAUGGUGGGCCAUCGCAGCGAGGUGUGGGGAAUGGUUCUGUUGGACCGGGACAACAGGCUGCUGACGGGGUCGGCCGACAGCGAGCUCCGUGCCUGGGACAUCCGCCGCCUGGAGGAGGGAAAGGCUGAGGGUGAGCCCAGAGUGAAGAAGGGGAAAACUCUGCUGGAAGAUGAUGAGGAUGAUGAUGGUAAAGAAGAAGAGGAGGAGGCGGAGAGCGUGGAAGAGCGCAUCCUGAGCUGUAAGAAGGCCGGCUCCGUCCUGAGAGAAGCCAGAGAUCGGGUCGUUUCGCUGACAGCAGACUCCAAGGCCAGAGUCAUCGCCUGCCAUGGAAACGAUGCGGUACUGGAAGUGUUCACGGUGCUGUCUGAGGAGGAAGUGCAGAGAAAAAUGAACAAGAAGCUGAAGAAAGCCAAGAAGAAAGCAGCCAAAACGCAGGAAGAUGCAGGCGAUCAGACAGCAGAGCCAGUGGUGGAGAGAACGCUGAAGGACGAGAUUAUUAGACUGACGAACAUCAAGGCUUCUGCAAAGAUCAGGUGGGUGGACGUCCUGUCGUGUGCAGGCGGAGAGCUGAAGGUGGCGCUGCUGCUUCAGAACAACACCGUCGAGACCUAUAGCCUGAAGACCUCCGACAAGAACCCGGCGGCCAAUAAGACGGCCCGGCUCACGCUGGGCGGUCACCGCACCGACGUCCGCACGCUGGCCUUCAGCUCUGACAACCUGGCCGUCCUGUCGGCCUCCGGAGACACGGUCAAAGUCUGGAACAGGUCAACCCUGCAGGUGAUUCGCACCAUGGCGUGUGAAUACGCGCUCUGCUCGCUCUUUGUGCCAGGAGACAGACAGAUAAUCCUGGGAACGAAGAAUGGGAAGCUGCAGAUCUUUGAGCUGGCCUCAGGAAGCCUUCUGGAAACUGUGGACGCCCACAGUGGAGCUGUGUGGUCACUGUGCCUGGCACCGGAUCAGAGGGGAAUUAUCUCCGGAAGUGCUGAUAAGACGGUAAAGUUCUGGGAGUUUGAGCUCGUCAAAGACAAAGGAACGGACCAGAAGCGGCUGACGGUGACACACACUCGCACGCUGCAGCUGGAGGAAGACGUUCUGUGUGUGAAGUUUUCUCCUGAUCACAGACUGCUGGCCGUCUCUUUGUUGGACUGCACCGUCAAGGUCUUCUACACAGACACCCUGAAGUUCUUCUUGUCUCUGUAUGGACACAAGCUGCCUGUCCUUUGUUUGGACAUCACACAUGACAGCGCUCUGAUCGCCACCGGCUCUGCAGACAGGAACGUAAAGAUCUGGGGUUUGGAUUUCGGCGACUGUCACAGAUCUUUGUUCGCUCAUGACGACAGUGUCAUGUUUCUCCAGUUCGUCCCCAAGACUCAUUUGUUCUUCACUGCCGGGAAGGACAAGAAGAUCAAGCAGUGGGACGCUGACAAGUUUGAGCACAUCCAGACCCUGGAGGGUCACCAUCGGGAGGUCUGGUGUCUGGCCAUCAGCCCCAACGGAGAUCACCUGGUGUCGUCGUCUCACGACAAGUCCCUGCGUCUGUGGGAGCGGACCAGGGAGCCCAUCAUCCUGGAGGAGGAGCGGGAGACGGAGAGAGAAGCUGAAUUUGAAGAGAGCAUGGCCAAAGGAAACGCACCUGUGGUACCAGGAGAGACGGAGGGCGAGGCGGCACCAGCUGGGAAGAAGAGCAUCGAGACGGUGAAAGCUGCGGAGCGAAUCAUGGAGGCUCUGGAGCUUUACCGAGAAGAAACCAGGAAAUCGGAGGAGCACAAGUAUUUCUGCGAGAAGGCUGGGAAAGAGUUGCCUCCUCCUGAAGCCAACCCUAUCCUCGUUGCCUUUGGAAACGUUACUCCGUCCUGCUACGUUUUAGAUGUCAUAAGAAAAGUCCGAUCCAGUGAGCUGGAGGUUUCUCUGCUGGUGCUGCCGUUUCCUUACGUCCCUGAGCUGCUGAAGCUUUUCAACACCUACAUCCAGCAGGGCCUGGAGGUGGAGCUCGUCUGCCGCUGCCUGUUCUUCCUUCUCAAGAUCCAUUUUGGUCAGAUCACCAGUAACCAGAUGUUGGUGUCCGUCAUCGACGAGCUGAAGACCAAUACACUCUCCAAAGUCUGCCAAAUCAGAGAUGUGCUGGGCUUUAACAGCGCCGCCCUCCAGUUCCUCCAACGGGAGAUCGAGAGCAAAGAGGACGUGAUGUUCUUCGCCGAUGCCACAGGCCAACUGGGGGAGAAGAAGAAGAAAAGGAGGAAGAGGGAGCGCGCUGUUCUGACCAUCGCUUAAAUUUAUAAAGAACAUUUUUGGUGUUUCGAUACAAAUUUCCUCCCCGCUUUAAUUCCGACCCGGACCAGGUGGAUUACUUUUAUAUGUCGUGAAACCCCGACAGGAUGUAACUCAGUGGUAAGCAGUGACAUGCUUUAUUCCCCAAAUAAACAGAGUCUGAAGUUUUCUCACACAGCUUCAUUUGUAACAACUAAAUCCUGUGUGGCUGAGCGAGCCAUCCGUGUGCACACUGCAGCCGCUAUAAAACGCAGUAAUGUGCGGUCAGGUUUUUCAUAGAUUCAUGUCACGUUUAAAGCCGCGCUGCGUCCGUGAUCACCACGCACAGAGGACACGUUUGAUUUAGGCUGGUUCCGCUUCACAAGCCUAAAGGGAGGCGUUCAGGUCCCGAGCCAACAGACGGUCUGGGAUGUGGCAGCAGUUUGGGAAGCCGUCGACGUUCCCGUCCUGACGUUCCUGGUAGUUCCCACCCUGUCCUGGGGAGGGAGACUGUGGAUUUAUGACAGUGAGGCCUGCUGGAGGUGCUGAACAGAAAUGUUCCUGCAAAGCCCAACGGCUGACCUUCAACAAGGAUUCAGGCGCCACAUCAGAAACUUCAUCCUCCGCCGUGUGUUUAAUUCUUGACCGCGGGGCAUUUGAACGAACAAUGAAAUGGAGGCCUUUAAAAAACCCCGUGUUCAUGUUUUAAUGUCACUGCCAACAAAAAAACCAAAUUAACUCUGUAUUUUAAAGGGCUGUAAAACAGAAAUGUGGGCAGCAGCUCUUUAUUAGGCUGGAUUUAAUGAUGAAGCUGUAAACAUCACACCUAGCAAAAUUAAAAAUUCUUCAGGAAAA